UUGCCCGUCUGUUGACAGUUGACAGCAGCCCAGAGAGAGAAGCCCGAUCAGCCCACGCCAGCAGAGCACCACCACCACCAUGGCGGCGCCUUCUUUGACCGAGGAGCUCACCAACACCGCCACGGCCCUAUUCGAAGCGAGCUUCGGCCCGUCCGAUGGCUGCGCGGUGGUUUUCGCCCCUGGGAGAGUGAACCUCAUCGGCGAGCACACCGACUAUAACGGCGGGUUCGUGAUGCCGCUGGCCCUAGGGAAGAAAACCGUUGUUGUUGGCCGAGGAUCCAUGGUGCCCAGGGAGAAAGCUGGAUCUGCUGGCUGCAGGAUCAUCUCCAGCGCGGCUCCGGAGGUAGUGAGCUUCAAAGCAGACCAAGACCUCCAGCCUGGGAAGGUCGAGUGGGCAAACUACAUAAAGGGUGUCGUAGCCGCUUUUCGCAAGGAUGUGCCGGAAGGGUACGAGCUGAGCUUCGACGCCGCCAUCGCGUCGAACGUACCGCUGGGGGGAGGGUUAUCCAGCUCGGCGGCUUUGGAGGUGUCGAUGGCGACCCUCCUGGAAGAGAUCACGGGUGUGCGGGUCGGCGGCGUCGACAAGGCGCUCCGUUGUCAGUGGUCGGACCACAACUUCAUGGGCAUCCCGUGCGGCAUCAUGGAUCAGUUCGUGUCCGCGCUAGCCGUCGCUGGGACUACGCUGCUGGUCGACUGCAGGACGAACGCCUUCGAGACGGUGCCCCUGGAUGACUCCGGAGUGGUGUUCGUCGUGACCAACACCGGGAUUCGACACAGAAACGCGAGCGGAGCGUACGGGGAGAGGGUGCAGCAGUGUAAGGACGCCGUGGAGGCGAUCAAAAAGAGGCAUCCGGAGGUUGAGCAGCUACGCGACGCUUCCCUGGCGUGGGUGCUUGAAGUCAAGGACGAGGUGGACGAAAAGGUCUUCAAGCGUGCCCGGCACGUGGUGUCCGAGGACAGGCGGACUCUCUGCUGCGCCAUGGCUCUGCGCCGCAAGGAUUACGGGAUCGUUGGAGGGUGCAUGACUGAGAGUCACACUUCACUGAGGGAUGACUACGAGGUGAGCAUCAAGGAGUUGGACCUCCUGGUAUCGAUCGCCAUGGGCACGGAUGGCGUGUACGGCAGCAGAAUGACGGGCGGAGGCUUCGGAGGAUGUACCGUGACGCUGGUCAAGGCGGAAGCAGCGGAGGCUCUCAUGACCAAGCUGAGAGAAGAGUACCUGGCCGAAACGGGCAACGCGUGCGAGUGCGUAGUGACGUCACCGUGCGAUGGCGCCGGGGUUCUCGUGCCGCUUCGGCGCCCCCUGUUCAAGAACACGGCACUCCGCAUCGCCGCUUCCGUGGCGCUGGUGGCUUGCGCCGUGUCGGCAGUGGUCGCCGCUUCUCGCGGCAGGGGCAGCUGUGGUGUUCGCGCCCACGGGCACGUGGCCUGA